ACAAAUGCACAACAAAUAAUACUGCAUCAUUGUAUCAUCUGGAGAAUAUCUUUCUCUAGGGUUAGGGUUCGGGUUAGGUUUAUAAAUUACAUGUCAAACGUACAAAUUGAAGCUGUAACAGCGGUGGAUUGUGACUAAAACUAUUCUGAAGGGUUAGGGUUAGAAUUGUGGGUAUAAACACUGGCAGAUAUUCUACAGAUCGGUCAGGAUCCAGUAGCGUGCAUUUAUAACCCCCAAACCCAAAACAAAUCUUCCUAGCGGAACAGUUUACGAGACGAUUGAACAUUUACCUGGUUAACGGUUGCAGAAUAAUGGAAACUAAUGAUGUUAUAACAUUUCAUCAAUGUACUGUGUGUGAUGAGAUUUUUCAAAAAUAUGCUGAUUUAGAAAAACACAAUAAAAUACAUGUUAAAGAAGAGAAAACUGAUGAUGUAGAUGAAUAUUGUCAUGUUCAAUUUAAAGCAGAGAAAACUGAUGAUGUAGAUGGAUAUUGUCAUGUUAAAGAAGAGAAAACUGAUGAUAUUGAAACUGUUUAUCAGUGUAAUUUAUGUAAUGAACAGUUUAAUUUAGAAUUUGAUUUAGAAAAACACUGUGAAAUAAUACAUGUUUCGAAAAAUAAUGAGACAAGUUCUCAGAGACAAACAGAUAAAAAGACAUCAAAAAAAACAUACAAGUGCGGUGUUUGUAUGAAAUCAUUCAUAAAGAAGGGUAACUUACACAGGCACAAAAAGAUUCAUACUGGAAAGAAAGUAGGUAAAAAGACACCCAAAAAAACGUACAAAUGUGAUGUUUGUUUGAAUUCAUUCGUAAGGAAGAGUAAUUUACAAAGGCACAGAAUGAUUCAUACUGGCGAGAAACCCUUUAUAUGUGAUUUUUGUAGCAAACGAUUCUCAAUGAACUGGUGUUUACAGAAACACAGGAGGGUUCAUACAGGUGAAAAACCUUAUAGAUGUGAUGUUUGUAGUAAAUCAUUUACAGAUAACCGUACUCUAAAGAGACACAUGAAUAUUCAUACUAGAAAAAACCCUUAUAAAUGUGAUGUUUGUGGUGAAUCAUUCACAAACAAAAUCGGUCAACAGAAGCACAUGAGAAUUCAUACUAAAAAAACACCUUAUAAAUGUAAUGUUUGUAGUCAAUCAUUCACAGAGAAAAGUGAUUUACAGCAACACAUGAGAAUUCAUAUUGGAGAAAAAUCAUAUAAGUGUGAUGUUUGUAGUAAAUCAUUUAGUCGUAGUCGUAUUCUACAGUCACACAUGAGAAUUCAUACUGGGAUAAAACCUUAUAAAUGUGAUGCUUGUUGGAAAUCAUUUAAUACUAACAAAGCUCUAGAGACACACACACAAACUCAUAUUGCAGAUAAGCCUUAUAAAUGCGAUGUUUGUAAUAAAUCGUUUGCUAGAAUUUAUUGUCUACACAGACAUGCAAGAAUACAUACGGGCGAAAGAGCUUUUAAAUGCGAUGUUUGUAGUAAAUUAUUCACAGCAAAGCGUGACUUAGAGAGACACAUGAGAAUACAUACCGGCGAGAAACCUUAUAAGUGUGAUGUUUGUUGUAAAUCAUUUAAUCAGCUUUGUAGUCUACAAAGGCACAUUCAAAUUCAUACAGGAAAAAACCUUUUUGAAUGUUAUGUUUGUAGUAAAUCGUUCCCGGAGAAGAGUGACCUAGAGUCACACCAGACAACUCAUACAAGAGAUAAACUUUAUAAAUGUGAUGAUGAUAGUAAAUCAUUAAAUCAAACUGCAGGGAAACCUUAUAAAUGUGAUGAUUGUAGUAAAUCAUUUUCUAAAAGUUAUGACUUACACCGGCACAUGAGAAUUCAUACUGGUUUAAAACCUUAUAAAUGUGAUGUUUGUAGUAAAUCAUUCACACACCAUGGAAGCCUACAGAAGCACACCAGAAUUCACACUGGUGAAAAACCUUAUAAGUGUGACGUCUGUGAUAAAUCCUUCAUUCAAAAUAGUCAUCUUCAGAUUCACAUCAGAAAUCAUACUGGUUUAAAACCUUAUAAAUGUGAUGUUUGUAGUAAAUCAUUUUCUAGACUUGGGGUUCUACAAGAACACACAAAAACACAUACAGCAGAAAGACCUUUUAAAUGCGAUUUUUGUAGUAAAUCAUUCACAAACCGUUCGAACCUUAAAAAACAUACAAGAACGCAUACUGGCGAGAAACCUUAUAAAUGUGAUGUUUGUAGUAAAUCAUUUGGACAGAUCUGUGGUCUGCAAAGGCACAAGCAACUUCAUUCUGGAGUAAAGCCUUAUAAAUGUGAUGUUUGUAGUAAAUCAUUCAGACACAACAAUAAUCGAAACACACACAUGAAAAUUCAUACAAGUGACAAACCUUAUAAAUGUGAUGUUUGUAGUAAAUCAUUUACACAGAACAGUAUUUUAACAAUCCACAAAAGAAUUCACACAGGUGAAAAGCCUUUUCAGUGUGAUGUUUGUGGUAAAUCAUUUACUUUGUAUAGUACUCUUCACGGUCACAAAAAAAUCCAUACAGGUGAAAAACUUUUUAAAUGUGAUGUUUGUGGUAAGUCAUUUACCUUCAGUGCUACUCUACAAAAACACAAGAGAAUUCAUACUAGAGGAAAAACCCUUACUUACUAAUGUCAGAAGAAAUCCUGUAAAUGUCAGUAGUCACUACCUGUGAUGUCAGGAGUCACCACCUGUAGUAAAUGUCGAGAGUCACCACCUGUAGUAAAUGUCGAGAGUCACCACUUGUAAAUGUCAGGAGUCACUACCUGUAAAUGUCGAGAGUCUCCACCUGUAAAUGUCAGGAGUCACUACCUGUAAAUGUCGAGAGUCACCACCUGUAGUAAAUGUCGGGAGUCACCACCUGUAAAUGUCAGAGUUGCCACCUGUAAAUGUCAAGAGGUACCACCUGUAAAUGUCAGGAGUUACCACCUGUAAAUGUCGAGAGUCACCACCUGUAAAUGCCAGGAGUCACCAGAAGAAACUCUGUAAUUGUCAAGUGUCACCAGAGAAAACUCUGUAAAUAAGGACUGAUUAAGAUCAAUUACUGAUGUUAUUUAUGGCAUUAAAUCAUUUACAUAUGUUCAAUAUAGGGUGGGGGGUUGGAUGGCCCAAGGCUGGGAUCGCAGUCCUUCACGUUUAUAAAGCAUGGUUUCGAUACCCCGGUUGUACGUGACAAGGAGUAGGGUCGCCUGUCCAACCUUGUGGGUUUUCUCCAGGUCCUCUGGUUUCCUCCCACUGCUAAAGACCAUAUGUUAGUCCCAAAAUGACCUAGUUUGUGUCGAGUGGACAUUAAACCCCAUUUCUCUCAGUGAAACGUUGCAGUUAAUAAACCUAAUGAAUGUUAUCAAGCAGUGAAACGUUGCAGUUAAUAAACCUAAUGAAUGUUAUCAAGCAGUGAAACGUUGCAGUUAAUAAACCUAAUGAAUGUUAUCAAGCAAUGAAAGAUGUCUGUUAUUAUAUAUAUCGCUUUCACUAAUUAGCAUGCGCGCUGUAUCAUAAAGUCUGUCAUUGAGGUGACUGGCGUGGUAUCGAAUCCCCGGUUGUACGUGACAAGGAGUAGGGUCGUCUGUCCAACCUCCUGGGUUUUCUCUGGGUCCUCUGGUUUCCUCCCACUGCUAAAGAUCCCUAUGCGCAAGCGAAUUAUUGAAAUAAAAUUAAACCAUGUUAGUCCCGAAAUGACCUAGUUUGUGUCGACAUGCCUUUUGUUACAGAGCGCACAUGCUAACCAUUCGGCCAUCCAACCCCCUAUCGACUGAGACGGAGGAGUUCAAGUUAGAUGACCACCCGUACUCGUUGAAAGGUGU